AUGAAACGAACGAACAGUCAAUCGGCUGUAACAAAUGGAUACAGUCAUAGUUCGACUCGACGUAGUUCUGUUCGAUCGAUUGGAAAAGAUAAUGUAGCAUCAAGUACUCAAUUAUUCGAUAAUAAUGAUGUUCUGCUAAAGAAAUCGACAAAACUAAUCGAAUUCUCGAAAAACAAACGGACAAUUUCGCCCGAUAAACUCAAAUCAAUGCGUCAGAUUUUUAACACCAUCGGUAAUUUUCAACCGAUUUCGAUUGAGCGUCUUGCUGAUGCUUUCAUAGCCCUCGAGCACGAUACACGAAAGGACAUUCUCUAUCAAGAUUUUCUGACUGAACAUCAGCUGAACGGUACAUCUGGUUUGCUGGAUUUCGAACAUUUCGCAUUACUCGUACUUGAAUAUGAAGAAAAACUACGCUUAGAAGACGAAGCUCUUCAUCGUCUCGAUUUGAAAAUAGCGUUUGAAUAUUUUGAUAUUAACAAAGAUGGAAUGAUCGAUGUUAAUGAGUUAUUAACCAUAAUGAAUACUUUACAACUACCUAUAACUGCUGAAGAAGCCAAAAACAUGAUAGAUUUUGCUGAUCACGAUAAAGAUCACCUAUUAUCCUUCGAUGAAUUUCUGACGGUUCUCACUCAAAUAUCUACAAUGAAUAUGUCGUCAACUGAUUAA